AUGAAGGUCAAUUUAAGUCUAAGAGAUCAUAUGCAAAAGCUCAAAGAGACCUAAGGCAAUUAACUAAAUGCCUAAUCAUUUAGGGGUCAUAAGAGCAUAAAAACUGAAGGAAAUUUUGAAGAAAAAAACAUCAGAUGUGAAUCUAGCAAUUUUGAAAGAAAUAUGACGCAAGUAGAUGAAUCUCCUAUGAGAAAUUCAUUAGUUAUUUAAAAUAAUCCUUAAAGAAGCGGAAGAAGUUACUCUUGUGCAAGCUAAAAAUCAUCUUAAAACACAUAAAGAGAUGACAUGCUUGGCCCUAUUCAUUCACCAAAUUUUGCAUAAAAUCUUGAACAAAUUUCAUAGAGGUUUGAGAUGUAUAAAAAUGGAGGACCUAUAUUAAUUGAUUAGAAUAUGUAUAACAAGUAAAAUGUCCCUGUUUAGUCAAAUCUUCGUUUAGCUUUUGAAUAAAAGCUAAGCAACGCCUAAAAUUUGUAAAGCUAAUCCUAAUUUUUGUCUCAUUCACGUAGCAAUUCAAGCGCUAAUGAAAAUUAUAAUUGCAGCAACAUGAGUGUCUCAACUUAAAAUAAUACAAAUAGGAAAAGAAUAUUUGACAGUUAGCUUCCUCCUUAGCCACUAAAGAAUAACUUUUCUAUUAAUUAAAUUUGCACCAAUAUUCCAGUUAAGAGCAAACCUUUGAAUUCAAGUAGGGUGUAUAGCAAUUCUUCUAACAAGGAAAAUAUGAAAAAUCUACCUAAUUAAUAACAUUUUUCUCAAGAAGAGUAAUACCAUUCAAUUACUAGCAAUUCAAAUAGAGAAACUGAUUUAGAAAAAGCAAACGAAAAGAUUUUAUAUUUAGAAUAAAAUCUCCAUAAAGAAAUGCUGAAUUCAGAAGAAUAAAGAACCCAAAUAUCAAUUUUAAAAAACGAGCUAGAAAGAAAAUUGAGUGAAUAUGGAUUUAUGAAUUUCUUUAAAACAGGCAACUCUUCUCAAAAUCUCAGUCACAUUGAUAUUUACAUGGAAUUACAAGUUAUUAAGUAGAAGCUGUUAGAAAAAGAGGAAAAACUGCUAGUUUUAUAAAGAGAUACUGAAUUUUAAAAAAUUAUUUAGAUAAAAGAAAGAAGUUAAGAACUUGAACAAGAAAAUUAGUCAUUAAAAGAUUAAAUCGAAGUAUUGAGAUUUGAUAGAAAUGAUCUUGAAGACCUCAAAGCAGAAAAGUCAAAUUUAAUUGAUUUCAUAGAAAAGUUAAAAUCAGAAAACGAAAAACUAGAAGACGAACUAAAUGAAGCAGAGUAAAAGGCCAAUAGACAAUAAAAUACAUUUGAGACACAAUAAUUGAAGGAGUAAAACGAUUAUCUAUAAGAAGAAAAUAAAUAAAAAGACUAAGAAAUAGAAUAAUUGAAUGAGUCAUUGCAGUAAACAGAGCUUCUGAAAGAACAAAUUGAAAAUCACAGAAUGAUGCUGAUUGAACAAAAUAAGUAACUAAAUGAGUAAAUGCAAGAAUAAAAAGCAACAAUUGAAAAACUCCAAAAAGAAAAAAAUAGCUCUAAUUCUCAACUUAAAGAGCAAAACGAAGAGCUAAAACAAUAAAUUUCUCUAUUGAAAGAUCAAAUAGACCAUAAUAACGACUAAUUUUCCUUAAAAAUAGAGGAGUUCGAAAAAAUUAUUGAAUAGCUCUAAACUGAAAAACAGGUGCUUCUCGAUAAUGACAACAAAAAAUCAAGUGAAAUCCAAAAUUACUAAGAAUAAAUUUAAAAUUUAAAGCAAUCAGCUUAAUCAAACACAUUCAUUUAGAAUCAGUUCGAAUCCUACAAAUAAAAAUUUGAGGAUGCAAAAGACAACAUCUUUACAUUGACCUAAACUCUAGAAGAAACAAACAAUGAACUUGAAAAAGUUUAGACUAAGUGUGCUAAUUUCGAAUAAAUAGCCAAAGAAAAGAGCCAAAUUAUCAACCAGAAAGAAGAAGCUAUCAAAGAGCUCAACGAAAUUAUUUAAAAUAUUGAAUAGGAAAAUGAAUAAUUAAAAAGUAAAUUGCAAAAAGAAGUGAAAGAUAAUAUUGAAAAACAAGCUUAAUAAUUUUACUCUGAAAAAAGAAAUCUUUCUCUUUAGUUGGAGCACUAGAAAUCAUAGAAUAUGAUAUAAGAAAAGAAAAUAUAAGAAAUGGAAGUUAUAAUUGACAAAAUGAGAAUGGAAUUAAACAAUAAUCAUGAAGGUUCAGAAAAUGUUUAAUCUUUAAAGUUUAAGAUGCAACAGAAUAUUGAAUACUAUGAAAAGAAGAUUAAAGAAAUGAAACAAUUCUAGCAUAGUAGAAGAUAAGAAUUAAUCAGUUUGCAAGUUUAGGUGACUAUGCUAAAUGAUAUUAGUAAAUCUAUUUCAGGAUAUAUCAAAGAAAGAUACUAUGAUGAUAUAGAAAUUAAUCACCUAGUAGAAGACAUGGAGUAUUAGAUGGAAGAAAUUGUCAAUUAAUUGCAUGGGUACACUUCCUCUUCAUAAUAGCAAUCUACCUAAAUUACUUAAAGAAGUUCUUAUUAGAGUCUUCACUAAAAUAUGUAAUUUAACACCUAACAUAAAUCAAGAGAUUUAGAAGAAUUAAAAUCCAUCUUAAGUAUGAAAGAUAGAGAAAUUCAAGCUCUUAAAAAGGAUCAGUUUGACCAUCAAAUGGGAUAUCCAUAGUAAUAAUAACAACAACAAUAAUAAUAUUAAAAGUAAGAAAGAUAUAGCAGACCAAAUGAAUUUUAAGGAGGAUAUUACAGUGGUAAAGGCUCCAAAAAUUAUUUUAGCUGA